AAACCAAGAAAAUUUUUUUUUUUCGUUUGAUUAAAAAAGCAUACUUUCAACUAGUGGAAAAAUGAGAAGAGAAGAGAUUGUUAAGCAUACUUUCCCUAUCGCUAUCGCUGGCCUUAUUGCUGGAGCAUUACUUAUAUCGAGUUUCAUCAAAACCGCUGAUUAUUCCAUCCUAUACUCUGUCGCCAACUCUAGAUCCCGGGCCGUAGAUGAAUACUCCGCCACGCCGAUCCAACUUCAAGCCAUCAUCCACUACGCCACGUCACCAAUCGUCCCGCAACUGAACAUUGGGGAGAUCUCCGUAACCUUUGACGUCCUCAAGAAACGCUCUCCUUGCAACUUCCUCGUCUUCGGACUUGGCUACGACUCCCUCAUGUGGACUUCCCUCAAUCCGCGUGGGAAAACCAUAUUCCUCGAAGACGAUCCCCAUUGGUUUCAGACUGUGCUCAAAGAUGCACCAAGCCUCCACGCGCACGUCGUACAGUACCGCACGCAGCUCCAGCAAGCUGACGAUCUGCUCUCCCACUAUCGGUCCGAACCGAGCUGUUCUCCCUCGAAAGCGUACUUACGUGGCAACGAGAAGUGCAAGCUUGCCUUGACGGGGUUUCCCGAUGAGUUUUACGAUACGGAGUGGGAUUUGAUAUUGAUCGAUGCGCCGCAUGGAUAUUUCGCGGAGCAGCCAGGUAGGAUGGCAGCGAUAUUCUCGGCGGCGGUUAUGGCGAGGAACAGGAAAGGAUCGGGUGUGACGCACGUAUUCUUGCACAAUAUUGAUCGGAGAGUGGAGAAGGUAUUCGCCGAGGAGUUUUUGUGUAGAAAAUACUUGGUGACAAGCGUCGGGAGACUCUCGCAUUUCGAGAUUCCAUCCUUUGCUAACAUGUCCAGCCAUGACGAUGCUCGGUUUUGCUAAAAUGCGCCCCCUUCAUUUCGUUGCUUUUAUUUUUUUUAAUUUAACUUUUUACUAAGUAUUAUUUUGGGAAUUUUCCUUGUUUCUAAUUGCAAGUAAAAAAAUGGAGUUGACUUCUCAUGAAAAAUCGUUGUCUCGUAUGUCCCCACGCAGACAAUAAAAUAGGGAGUUUCAAAAUUCAAUUUUCAAUCAACUUCCCUGGCUCCGGUUGAACCGGUGCUGUAUGGUUGGGUCAAGUUUUGAUCAAUGCUUCGGUAAUCGGCACGGUGAGCUCGUCAGUUUGUCUGCUGGAGGAUCUCCUUGUAACUGAGUGCUCGUUUAAACGAGUGUUUAGCGUUGUUGAGGCACGAUAUUUCUCAAAUUUUAUGUUAAAUCGUACUGAUUUGCUGUUUGAAUAACCAUGGUGAAAGAUGA